AUGGCGGGCCUAUCACCAGUCUGUGCCUGUAGCAGCAGUAACAGCAGCAUCGGCGGCGGCAACAGCAGCAGCAGUAGUAGUGGUUGCAAUAGUGGUAGCAGUAGUAGUAGUAGAUGGAGUAGUAGCAGUUGCAGUGGUAGUGGUAGCAAUAGUAGUGGUAGUGAUAGCUACAGUAGUAGUAGUAGUAGUGAUAGUGAUGGUAGUAGUAGUAAUAGUAGUAGUAGUAGUAGUAAUAGUGGUAGUAGUGAUAGUAAUGGUAGUGAUAGUGAUAGUGGUAGUAGUGAUAGUAGUGGUAGUAAUGGUAGUGGUAGUGAUAGUCGUAGUCGUAGUGAUAGUCGUAGUGAUAGUGGUAGUCGUAGUGGUAGUGUGGUGGUAGCAGCAGCAACAACAGCAGUAGUAGGAGUUGCAGUAGUGGUAGUCGAAGUUGGUGGUGGUGGUGGUGGUGCAGUAGCGGUGGCAGCAGUAGUAGCAGUACUACUACUACUAUUACUAGUGAUAGUGGUAGUGAUAGUGGUAGCAGUAUUAGUAGUAGCAGCACUACUACUAGCAGUAGUGGUAGUGAUAGUGGUAGUGGUAGUGAUAGUGAUAGUGUUUCUGCUCAUUCCCUCUUCGCGAACGCGAGGCUUUGAUCGCAAACACGAAGCUUUGCACUUCGACCCUUCGCGAACGCGUGCCCUCGGUCGCGAACGCGUACUCUCGGUCGCGAACGCGAAGCACAAUGCACCAGAUGAUAGCAGAAGCUAA